AAUCAGUUGUAAAUCUGAAAAGUAUCAUUGCAUCAAGCUUUUGCAAGAAAUAGCUCAAAAAUCCCGUCCGCCAUGGGUCGAUUGAAACAAAAAGGAAAAGCUGGUGCAGCAAAAGCCUAUGUUACACGGUCAUCUGCUGUGAAAAAACUUCAGUGCUCUCUGGCCGACUUUCGUCGACUAUGUAUCCUCAAAGGAAUAUUUCCUCGUGAGCCCAAACAUAAGAAACGGGCAAACAAGGGAUCAACAGCACCGACGUCAUUUUACUAUGCGAAAGAUAUCGCUUACCUCGCUCACGAGCCAGUACUCAAUAAGCUGAGGGAGCACAAAGCCUUCGCGAAAAAAAUAUCUCGAGCACUUGGACGAGGAGAGUGGUCAACUGCGAAGAACUUGGAGGAUAAUAAACCCGUGUACCGACUGGAUCAUAUCAUCAAAGAGAGGUACCCAUCAUUUAUCGACGCAGUACGAGACAUUGAUGAUGCGCUUUGCAUGAUCCAUCUUUUUGCAUCUCUCCCUUCGAAUCCUCGGGUGUCGCCCGCUCUCAUCGAAAACUGUGCCCGUUUAACUGCAGAGUGGCAGUUAUAUGUCAUGCAUACGCGGUCGCUGCGAAAUGUUUUCUUGUCUAUCAAGGGUAUAUACUACCAGGCAGAAGUGAUGGAUCAAAAUGUAACCUGGCUCGUACCGUAUCAGUUCCCUCAGAACAUACCAUCCGACGUGGAUGUCCGUGUUAUGCUUACUUUCCUUGAACUGUACCAGACAUUACUUGGGUUUGUGUUUUUCAAGUUAUAUACGGACGCUGGACUUGUAUAUCCGCCACCCUUGGACUCUGGCAGGGACGAAUCUGGAGCUGGUAUUGGAGCGUUCAGUCUCCGACCAGCGAACCCUAGCCCAGCUACUGGAGCACCGAAGAGCGAUAUUCUCAAGGUAUCCAGCAAGGAAGUCAGGCAGACCAUCAAGACCAUCACUGCAGAAGCAUCUUCAGCGCCUCCUACUGACGUAGAUAUUGAUCGCAUUGAUCAAACCGAUUCCUUGCCCGAUGCCGCUGAAGAGGAAUUUAUGCCGCAAGCCUCAAAGUCUGAUCUUGAUGUACCGUCGUCGCUCCCUACGCUUCUCUCACUCUCAUCCUUACCAAAACCAUCAUCGACAAACAUAUUUGCCCCAUAUACUUUCUGGCUAUCGCGCGAAUCAUCACGAUCAAUAUUCGAGUUCCUCAUACGGUCUUUUGGCGGUCGUAUAGGCUGGCCUGUCUCAUCAGGAGGUGGUUCGCCGUUUACAGAGGAUGACGAAGCAAUCACACACGUUAUUAUUGACAGGCCUGCUGCCAAUGUUGGUACAGCCCAGGAACGAGAACUUCGUAGACGAAGGAAGUAUGUACAACCUCAGUGGGUGGUUGAUUGCAUCAACGCUGGUAAAAUCCUGCUCGAGGAUCUUUAUGCCCAAGGAAAGACACUUCCACCCCACCUAUCACCAUUUGGCGAACGAGAUGGAGCAUAUGACCCAACCAUUGGCCUGGCGAAUGUCGAGGAAUCGUUGAUCGAAGUUGAUGGUGCUGAACUCAGCGAGGACAGUCAGGAGGUCGAAGACGUGGAGAUGGGAUCGGAAUUAGGGGGAGAUGUAAAACCAAUGGCUGCCUUGGUAGUGGCUACUGCAGACGACCCAGAGGCCUUGCGUGCGGCGGAGCUUGCGGCAGAAGCAGCAGGGGUCGACUACGGCACAUUCGAGAAGGAAGUACAAAAGAAACAGAAACAGAAACAGCAGAAGCACAAGGAAGACGCUGUUGUCGAUGGCGGUGGUGAACAAGAUAUGAACAAGAUCCUGAUGAGCAAACGUAAGCGCCAGUUGUAUGAAAGGAUGAAAUACGGGGAGAAAAAACGAGCUACUGAGCACGCCAAACUCGAAGAAAGGAGGGCGAAUAUCGAAAAGGACAGACGAAGGAAGGCCAGGGCAUCAUGAUAUUUGUCGUAGUCUUGAGCUUGUCGCAUGGUGUUCCAAUUGCUACCGUUAUGUACUUGCGCUGGAAAUAUACACUGAAUCCCACGAAAAA